AUGCGAAGUGAUACGUUGAGAAGGCCCGGGGGUUUAUCGGCCCCAGGCAGCCAGGCCGGGUGUCACAUGAGACUGGUGACGUCACGGGAAGACAGCUUUCCCCAGAUUUGCCCCGAAUUGGUCCAAGCGGAGACAGUUUCUGGUACGUGUCUCGAGAGUGAACUUAUGGUUCUUCUUAUCAUGGCAGAGUACGUCCCUUUUCCGGUCGCGAUUGAUGUUCUCCUCAAACGGAGAAAAUAGAAAACUCUUCACGGGUUCCUGAGGGGCAAGUUCAUUUUUCAUUGUGCCACCAACAAGCCGCUCGGGUGUCUGAACCCCCUGUAGGGAGGCGGCUCGACUAGCUCCCAACAACAAUGUAAAACAAAAC